AUGGCCAACGUCUCCAAGAAGGUGUCGUGGUCCGGCCGCGACUUGGACGACGAGGAGGCGGCGCCGCUGCUGCGGAGGACGGCGAGGUCCGCGCUGCCGCCUGACGAGGGGACGCCGCUGCUGAAUGGCGCCGGGCCCGCUCACAGGCGUGAACUGCCCCGCUCAGCGUUGUUCCGGGUGGGACAGAUGAGCAACAUGGAGCAGGACGGUGAACUCCUUGAUCUGGGCAUGGACCCCCCUCAGCCCUUCCCCAAGGAGAUCCCGCACAAUGAGAAGCUGCUGUCCCUGAAGUAUGAGAGCCUGGACUAUGACAACAGUGAGAACCAGCUGUUUCUGGAAGAGGAGCGGCGGAUCAACCACACGGCCUUCCGGACGGUGGAGAUCAAGCGCUGGGUCAUUUGUGCCCUCAUCGGCAUCCUCACUGGCCUGGUGGCCUGCUUCAUUGACAUCGUUGUGGAGAACCUGGCCGGCCUCAAGUACAGAGUGGUUAAGGACAGUAUUGACAAGUUCACAGAGAAAGGGGGGCUGUCCUUCUCCCUGCUGCUGUGGGCGGCGCUCAACUCAGCCUUCGUGUUCACGGGGUCUCUGAUUGUCGCCUUCAUCGAGCCGGUGGCAGCAGGCAGUGGGAUCCCCCAGAUCAAGUGCUUUCUCAACGGGGUGAAGAUCCCCCACGUGGUGCGGCUCAAGACCCUGGUGAUCAAAGUGUCGGGGGUAAUCCUGUCUGUGGUGGGCGGCCUGGCUGUUGGAAAGGAAGGGCCCAUGAUUCACUCGGGUUCUGUGAUUGCUGCUGGCAUCUCCCAGGGCAGGUCCACAUCACUGAAGCGCGACUUCAAGAUCUUCGAGUACUUCCGCAGAGACACGGAGAAGCGGGACUUUGUCUCUGCAGGAGCUGCGGCCGGCGUCUCAGCCGCAUUCGGGGCUCCCGUGGGUGGCGUCCUCUUCAGCUUGGAGGAAGGUGCCUCCUUCUGGAACCAGUUCCUGACCUGGAGGAUCUUUUUCGCCUCUAUGAUCUCCACCUUCACUUUGAACUGCGUGCUCAGCAUCUACCACGGGAAUGUGUGGGACCUCUCGAACCCAGGGCUGAUCAACUUUGGGAGGUUUGACACGAAGAAUAUGGUCUACACCAUCCACGAGAUCCCCAUCUUCAUCGCUAUGGGUGUUGUUGGAGGCAUCCUGGGGGCCGUGUUCAACGCCUUGAAUUAUUGGCUGACCAUGUUCAGAAUCAGGUACAUCCACCGGCCCUGCCUGCAGGUGACUGAAGCCGUGCUGGUGGCUGCCGUCACUGCCACAGUGGCCUUCGUGUUGAUCUACUCCUCCCGGGACUGCCAGCCCCUGCAGGGGAGCACCAUGUCCUACCCACUGCAGCUUUUCUGUGCAGACGGCGAGUACAACUCCAUGGCUGCAGCCUUCUUCAACACCCCGGAGAAGAGUGUGGUCAGCCUCUUCCACGACCCGCCAGGCUCCUACGACCCCCUGACCCUCGGCCUCUUCACCCUGGUCUACUUCUUCCUGGCCUGCUGGACCUACGGACUGACGGUGUCCGCCGGCGUCUUCAUCCCGUCCCUGCUCAUCGGUGCUGCCUGGGGCCGCCUCUUUGGCAUUUCCCUGUCCUACCUCACGGGCGCCGCGAUCUGGGCGGACCCGGGCAAGUAUGCACUCAUGGGAGCCGCUGCCCAGCUCGGCGGCAUCGUUCGGAUGACACUGAGCCUGACGGUCAUCAUGAUGGAGGCUACCAGCAACGUCACCUACGGCUUCCCCAUCAUGCUGGUGCUCAUGACAGCCAAGAUCGUGGGUGACGUCUUCAUCGAGGGCCUGUAUGACAUGCACAUCCAGCUGCAAAGCGUCCCCUUCCUCCACUGGGAGGCCCCGGUGACGUCACACUCGCUGACAGCCAGGGAGGUGAUGAGCACGCCCGUCACCUGCCUGAGGAGGACAGAGAAGGUCGGCGUCAUUGUGGAUGUCCUCAGUGACACGACUUCCAACCACAAUGGAUUCCCUGUGGUGGACGACACCCAGCCCGCCCGGCUGCAGGGUCUCAUCCUUCGCUCCCAGCUCAUUGUCCUUCUGAAGCACAAGGUGUUCGUGGAGCGCUCCCACCUGGGCCCGGUACAGCGCAGGCUGCGUCUGAAGGACUUCCGGGACGCCUACCCCCGCUUCCCGCCCAUCCAGUCCAUCCACGUGUCCCAGGACGAGCGCGAGUGCACCAUGGACCUGUCAGAGUUCAUGAACCCCUCGCCGUACACGGUGCCCCAGGAGGCAUCUCUGCCCCGGGUGUUUAAGCUGUUCCGGGCCCUGGGCCUGAGGCAUCUGGUGGUGGUGGACAACCGGAACCAGGUGGUGGGGCUCGUGACCAGGAAGGACCUCGCGAGGUACCGGCUGGGCAGAGGCGGCCUCGAGGAGCUCUCGCUGGCCCAGACGUGA